AUGUUGUCGAAUUUGUCAACGACAAACAAUCCAGGCCUGAAGCUUCCUGAAGAACUGCAAGGUUAUCAUACCCUAGUACCUCUUGAACCUUCAGGGACCGGUGUGGAGCGGAGAAAAUUUGGUAACUGGUAUUCGACUGUAUACCGAGCCAUCCGGUCCUCAGAUGGCUUGCCGUAUGUUCUUCGACGCAUUGAGAAUUUCCGUCUUACGCGCCAGUCUGCCUUUGCUCCGAUCGAGGUAUGGUCAAGCCUCCGACAUCCGGGGAUCAUUUCAGUCCGGGAAGCGUUCACAACCCGUUCUUUCGAUGAUAACUCUCUCGUUGUCGUGUACGCAUACCACCCCAACAGCCAAACGCUCUUCGACGCCCACUUGAAACCGAAACCGCCGACUUAUCAGUCAAGGUACCAGCAUGGGCGGCAACAGCUGCUGCUCCAGGCACAGUCUACGGUGAUCGCGGAACGCACUAUUUGGUCUUACAUUGUCCAGAUUGCAUGUGCUGUCAAGAAAGUCCACGACCUAGGUCAAGCUGUCAGGAUGAUUGAUGUCUCGAAGGUUUUGCUGACAGGACAAAAUCGCAUCCGCAUAAGCUCAUGCGGGAUCGUGGAUGUUUUGAUGCACGACACGGUUCAGGAUAUGCUUACUCUACAGCAGGAGGACCUCACGAUGUUCGGCCGACUGGUGUUCGCACUGUGCUGUAACAACGUCUCAGCGGCUACCUCGGCGCAUUUUCAAAAGAGCCUGGAGUUGAUUGGGCGGUUAUACAGCGCUGACGUGAAAAAUGUUGCACUGUUUUUGAUUAGCAAGGGUGGUCCACAUAGGAACGUUGACCAGUUGCUUGAUAUGAUCCGUGGCAAGGUUAUGCAGGAACAAGAAGAGGCGCUCAACGCGACGGACCGCUUGGAGCAUGAGCUUCAGAGUGAGUUGGAAAAUGCGCGUCUUGUCCGGCUUUUGUGCAAAUUUGGCUUUAUCAACGAGCGCCCCGAGUUUGCACGAGAGCCGCGCUGGGCUGAAACUGGAGACCGUUACAUUAUCAAACUGUUCCGGGAUUACGUUUUCCACCAGAUGGACGAGCAGGGCAACCCAGUAUUGAAUAUGUCUCAUGUUCUAACAUGCUUGAACAAGCUCGACGCCGGGACGGAUGAGAGGAUUAUGCUUGUAGCUCGCGAUGAGCAGAAUUGUCUGGUUGUGAGCUACAAGGAGAUCAAGGCCUGCAUCGACGGGGCGUUCACGUGA